AUGUCGAAGGUUCGCAAACCCUCCACACCAUUGAGAUCUGGUUCAGCUGCUGUGAAGAAUGGCUCUGCCAGCUCUUCAUCUAAACUUAAGCAGCUGAGCUUGAUGUCUUUCUUCAAGCCAGCUUCCAAACCAGAUUCUGAAAAGACAAAAGAUAGUGCCAACCCGACCAUGACUCAACCUCCGGCUUCAUCCUCGCCCUUGAGAGCCAAAUCGGAACAAUCAAGACAGAAUCUGAACGAAGCUUCAGAUACGUUGAAUACUUCUGUAUUGGCCAGUGAAGCUGAUUCUCAUUCAGAUAAGGAAAACGAAAACCAAAUCAUGUCCGAACACAACGCUCGAAAGCCCAAACCGUUGGCCGAGAAUCACCUCAAUUCAAGUCCGUUAGUCAAACGUCGUUCUGCAUCUCGUAGCGUCAGCUACGCUGAGUCAGAUAGCGAAGACGAAGCUGUCAAUCAAACAUCAAGGAAGAGGAGAAAGGUUAUAGAAAGUGAUGAUGACGAAGAGGAUGAUUUCAAACCGGCUGAAGAAGAUGACGAUGACGAUGAUAUGAGCGACUUCAUCGUUGAUGAUGAUAAGGAAAGUGAGCCUGAGAUAGAAGAAGAUGAUGAAGAUGACUUUGCAGAAGAGACGCCAAGAUCUAAGAAGUCCAAGUCCAAGUCAAGUUCGUCCUCAUCCAGAAGCUCUCCUUCAAAGGAAUCUUCUAUUUCCAGUAACGUUCUAGGCGAUAAAUUCAAGGCUGGUUCCUCGUAUAAAGCCACUCAACCUGCUACUAAGCCAAAAUCUAUUACUCCAGUUAAAACAACUCCAAAGAAGAACUUCUCCAAAGAAAACGAAGAGAGAUACCAAUGGCUCGUAGAUGUCAGAGAUGCAGAAAAGAGAACUACAGAUGACCCCAACUACGAUCCUCGAACAUUGCACGUACCCCAAUCUGCUUGGUCGAAAUUUACUGCGUUUGAAAAACAGUACUGGGAAAUCAAGUCUAAGAUGUACAACACUGUAGUUUUCUUCAAGAAAGGUAAGUUCUACGAAUUAUACGAAAACGAUGCUACGAUUGCCAACACUGAAUUUGAUUUGAAAAUAGCUGGCGGAGGACGGGCCAACAUGAAGUUGGCGGGCAUUCCUGAGAUGUCGUUUGAGUACUGGGCAAAAGAGUUUAUUAGCCAUGGAUACAAAGUCGCUAAAGUUGAUCAAGUAGAAAGUCUUUUAGCAAAAGAGAUGAGAGGUGGCGGUACUAAAGAAGAAAAGAUUAUCAAAAGAGAGUUGACUGGUGUCUUGACCGGGGGCACCUUAACUGACAUGGAUAUGAUCAGUGAUGAUAUGGCAGUAUACUGCUUGAGUGUCAAGGAAGAAAUCUUGGAUGACGGAAGCAAAAUCUUUGGUGUUGUGUUUGUAGAUACUGCUACUUCUGAAGUGAAUUUCAUUGAGUUCCCAGACGAUGCCGAAUGCACCAAGUUGGAAACCUUGAUUACGCAAAUCAAGCCCAAAGAGAUCUUGUGUAUGAAAGGAAACUUGUGUUCAAUUGCAGUGAAGAUAUUGAAGUUCAAUGCACAGGGACAUCAAAUCUGGAACCAAUUGAACCCAAUUUCUGAGUUCUGGGACUAUGAUACCACCUGUGAGAACUUAGUUUCAGCCAAAUAUUAUGAUGCCGAGGACUUAGAUGAUUAUUCUAACUAUCCUCCGACAUUAAUUGAUUACAAAGACAACCAUAAGGUUGCAUUCGGUGCAUUUGGUGGUUUGCUUUUUUAUUUGAGGUCAUUGAAAUUAGAUAGCAGUAUCAUGACUUUGGGUCAUAUUUCGGAAUAUCAGAUUUCUAAGAAUUCAAGUACUCAUAUGUUAUUGGAUGGUAUCACCCUCAACAAUUUGGAGAUAUUAAGCAACUCUUUCGAUGGCGGAGACAAGGGUACGUUGUUCAAAUUGAUCAACAAGGCUUCCACACCAUUUGGGAAAAGAGCAAUGAAGUCAUUGGUAUUACACCCACUUAUGAAAAUCAAUGAAAUUAAUGAACGAUAUGAUGCCAUAGAAUACUUGAUGAACGAGGGCCUUGAAUUGAGAAGUAAAUUGGAACAAACAUUGACUUCCUUGCCAGAUUUGGAGAGGCUCUUGGCUAGAAUUCAUAGUAAAACUUUGAAAUUCAAGGAUUUCUUGAAAGUAGUAGAAAGUUUUGAAGGUAUUUCUAAAUCAUUAGGGCCAUUGCAUGAGUUUAUUCCUGAGGAAUCAGGAGCUUUGUUCAAACACUUGAAGAGCUUUCCAAGGGAACUUCCAGAACUUGUUUCUCAGUGGGACGAUGCAUUUGACAGAGAAGAAGCAAAGAAAGACGUUGUUGUCCCAACUGAGGGAGUGGAUGCUGAAUUUGACGACUCACAAUGUAAAAUGAAGAUUUUAGAAGAUAAGCUCGAGCAGUACUUGAAGGAAUACAAGAGGACCUACAAAUCUCAUGAAGUGGUCUACAGAGAUUCCGGUAAGGAAAUCUACUUGAUUGAACUUCCAAACAAGUUGGUCAAGCAAGUUCCAAAUGACUGGCAACAGAUGGGAUCAACUUCUAAGGUGAAGCGAUACUGGUCGCCAGAAGUUAAGAGAACUGCAAGAGAAUUGAUGGAACAGCGUGAAUUGCACAAGAUGGUAUGUGAAUCAUUGAAAAGUAGAAUGUACGAGAGAUUUGACGCACAUUAUAAGACGUGGUUGAAAGCAGUUCAUUCAUUAGGUAAGAUUGAUUGCAUACUUGCAUUGACUAGAACUUCUGAAACCAUUGGGUAUCCAUCAUGCAGACCAGAGUUUGUUGAUUCGGAAAAAGGUCAAAUUGAAUUUAGAGAACUCAGACAUCCUUGUUUCCUCGCAAGCUCUGAUUUUAUUCCUAAUGAUGUUAUCCUUGGAGGAUCAGAGGCAAAUUUUGGAUUAUUGACAGGAGCAAAUGCUGCUGGUAAAUCAACCUUGAUGAGAACAACAGCUUUGGCAGUGAUAUUGGCCCAGAUUGGUUGUUUUGUCCCUGCGUCGAGUGCCAAAUUAAGCACUGUUGACAAGAUUAUGACUCGUUUAGGGGCUAAUGACAACAUCAUGCAAGGUAAAUCUACUUUCUUUGUAGAAUUAUCAGAAACUAAGAAGAUCAUCAGCAACGCGACUACAAGAUCGUUGGUCAUUUUAGAUGAAUUGGGAAGAGGUGGGUCUAGUAGUGAUGGCUUUGCUAUCGCGGAAUCAACUUUGCACCAUUUGGCAACGCACAUUCAACCGCUAGGCUUCUUUGCAAUACACUAUGGUACGUUGGGAUUGUCGUUCCAAAAUCAUCCCCAAAUUAAGCCACUCAGAAUGGCAAUCAUAAUUGACAACAACUCUAGAAAUAUCACAUUUUUGUACAAACUUGAAGAAGGUACAGCUCCAGGCUCAUUUGGUAUGAAUGUAGCUUCCAUGUGUGGUAUAGCGAAUACCAUUGUGGAUCUGGCAGAAGUGGCAGCCAAAGAAUACGAACAGACGUCGAAGUUGAAGAAGACUCAUAAGAAUAACAGCCUUGGUUUAGGAUUGCAGAGUGACUUUUCUUGGUUUGCUCAAGGUCGGACCUCCAUUUUGAGUCUGGAUAUUUUGAACUACAGCGAGGAUGUCAAGCAAGGAGCUCUCUCAAGUAUUUUUGGAAUGAUCGAAAAGUUAUAGCACAACAUUGUAUAGUAGAAUAAAUUCGAUUAUAAUCAGUUUU